AGGGGGAGGAGGAGGAGGAGGAGGAGGAGGAGGAGGAGGAGGAGGCCGGUCAUGAUGACAGUGAAGGUUAGCGGACAAGAUUCUGAGUUUUCAGAGAACAUUCUUUAACACCGGGUUGGGAUAUCUCCUUCCACAGAGUUAUGAGGUACUGUCAGGCGCUAAACACAUCUACAUACGUUCUAGACUCUAAAAUAGUGCGGGCCUCGCCUUCACAGGCUCAGGGGCCAAACUAUGCCAAAAACGGUGAGGUGAAAGGAAGACUAAUCAUUAUCUAUUCACAUUUAUGGAAUUUUCGGUAAACUUAAAAAAGAGCUUGCUAGCCCCUAGCAUCUUCGGAGGUGUGUUCUUAAUUUUAGUUUUUUUGUGGAUACUCACUUGUUCUUAGUUAAGGAUAUUCAAACCUCGGAAUCGUAAACCCUUCCCAUGAAACUCCAUUAUAUAAGCAAGCAAAUCAAAACCUCUGACAGGACUGCGCCACAGCCUUCUAUGAACUUAUCAGUGUUCAGUUCAGCCUAUUCUUUGAGAGCUCGGGCUGAGAACUGUAUAUGACCAUUCUGAUGGAGAAAUGGAUAGGCACGGAGAUGAGGAUGGACGUGGCUGAGGCGGGUUGGAAAAAUAAACCACCGGAAACUGAAGAAUAUCCUCAAUCAGAGAGAAGCUUUUGAUCUGUAACAAACCAACUAACAGCUACUAGCAAGGUAAGUUGUCGCACUAACUGCAAUUUUAUGGAAAUCAAUCAAAUGCCUUCCAAACUUCCGUUAAUUUUACUCAUGGGUCAGACUGAAUCAAAUCAAAACUACUUCUCUUCUAUCCAGCGUCUGAUACCGCGGAGGCAGGAGGCAUAAACAAAGGCAUCUACGCCCCCGUUGAUUACUUUGUACGUGGCCUGGAUACCUUCGACCUACCCGCAAUUACCGCUCCUCCUGAUGCUCUUAUUUAUUACAUGGCAGCUGCAAGAAAAGCGGAUGCCAUUGCCAAUGGCCAUGCUAUGGCCGGUAUCGUCGAUCCCCAAAUGGAGUUUUUAGCACAGCUGGCUGAGCUGAAGGGGUGCGCAGAUAUAGGCGUUUUCAGCGGUGCAUACGGUGGCCUUUUUGGCGGCCCCUUCGGCGCCACUUAUGACAAUCCUGAGAGCGGUGCUUUCGGGGCCCUUUUCGACGACCUUUUUGGCGGUGUUGAAGGCGGCGCCUUUGGUGGUGCUGAAGGUGGCGCAUUUGGUGGUGCCGGUGGCCCCUUCGAUGCUGCUUUCGGUGGAGGUGAAGGCGGUGCUCUCGGUCGUGCCGGCUACCUUGCCGCCCUCUUCGGUGGUGCUGGCGGCGGUGCUUUCGGCGGUGCUGGCGGUGGUGCUUUCGGUGGUGUUGGCGGCGGUGCUUUCGGUGGUGCCGGUGCUUUUGGCGGCCCCUUAGGCGGUAUUGAUGGCGUGGCACUUGGUGUUUCCGGCUUCCUUGCUGCCCUCCUCGGUGGUGUUGAAGGCGGUGCUUUCGAUGGCGCUGGAGGUGGUGCUUUCGGUGGCCCCGGAGGUGGUGCUUUUGGUGGUGCUGGAUUUGGUGCCGGUGCUCUUGGCGGUCCAUUUGGCGGUGCUGAAGGCGGUGUUCUCGGCGUUUCCGACCUUCUUAGUGCCCUCUUCGGUGGUGCUGAAGGAGGUGGUUUCGGUGGCGCUGGAGGUGGUGCUGGAGGUGGCGCUUUUGGUGGUGCUGGAGGUGGCGCUUUUGGUGGUGCUGGAGGCGGUGCUAGAGCCGGUGCCAGAGCCGGUGCCAGGGGCGGUGCUGGAGGUGGUGCUGGCGGCGGCCCAUACAAAGACUCCAUUACCGCUGUCCUUAUGGGUGUCAGUGGCCUCGUGGCUGCUAUUCUUGGUGACCAGGCGCACACCAAGGCCCUCAUGAGGACAGAAUACGGCAAAAGUACGUUCCCCUAG